ACAAAACCCCUCCAAAGUUAGGGUUUUUGGCCAAAAAACGGGUCGUUCAAAUUUCACAGAGCUAGCUCGCCUGCAGACGCUGCGACGGAGAGAGAGAGAGGGAGAGAGAUGUGGAGAUCAAUAGCAGCAAAAUCCAGAGUGGUAGCACGGAACUUUGGUGCAACCAAAAACCCCAACAACAGCAACAAGGUAUAUCCUUCUCAAUCUCAUAUCUCCAUAUGGGUUUCCUCUCAAUCUAGUGAAAACCUUAGAUUCCUCUCAUAUUUCUCUUCAAACCCAAAUGAAAACGAUCAUUCCCCCCCUACCAAUGAUGAUUCUUCAAUUAUUUCUGGGGAACAUAAUGAUACCCAGUUUGAGGGUUUAUCAGAGCAAAUUCCACUGCCUUUUAGUGAAAAUGGUAAUGCCUGGAUGGAUACUUGUGCUUCGGGGGAUGUGAGUGUUGACAGUCUUGCUGGAGAAGAGAAUGUGGACAGCGAGACUUAUGAGAUAGAUGUUGAGAAGUUCGAGAAUGUGCUGCAUCUGUUGCAAAGUAGUGAUGAUGGGUCUUUAGAGUCAACUCUUGAUACUUUUAGCUUGGAUUUACAUGAGGAGUUUGUGAUGAAAGUGCUCGAGACCCCGCAUGUUUUGGGAGAGAAUUUGAUUAGGUUUUUUAAAUGGGCGAUGAAGCAGGAUCUUAGCGUUACUACUCGUGUAAUUGAUGUGCUUGUUUCCUCUAUAUGUAGUAGUGAUCUUAGAAGAAAAAAUGCUUAUGCUUUGUGGGAUUUGGUUAGGGAAAUUGGCGAAAAGAAUGAGGGUUUGGUGAGUGUAGGGAGUCUUAAUCAGUUGAUAGCUUUGUUAUCUAAGUUAGGUAAAGGGAAGGCAGCUUUAGAGGUUUUUGACAAAUCAAAGGAUUUUGGUUGUGUCCCGGAUUCCGAGACAUAUUAUUAUACAAUUGAAGCCCUUUGUAGGCGCUCCUUUUAUGAUUGGGCUUGGAUAGUUUGUGAGAAGAUGCUGGAUCAAGGACCCUUACCUGAUAGUGAGAAAAUCGGUAAGAUUAUUUGUUGGUUUUGUAAAGGGAGCAAGGCAAAAGAUGCCCACAAAGUGUAUUUAUUGGCAAAGGAGAAGAGCAAGUGCCCACCUAAGCCUGCUCUCUAUUUUUUGAUUGGAUCACUUUGCCGGGAUGAUGGAACUGUCAAUUUAGCUUUGGAGAUGUUGAAUGAUUUUGAAGGAGAAGCAAAAAAGUAUGCGAUUAAGCCUUUUUCAUCUGUUAUUCGUGGUUUGUGUAGGAUCAAAGAUCUUGAUGGUGCUAAACAGUUACUUUCAAAGAUGAUUGUUGAGGGCCCACCUCCCGGCAAUGCUGUUUUUAAUACAGUUAUCAGUGGCUAUUGUAAGGGUGGAGAUAUGAAGGAGGCAGUAGAGAUUAUGAAACUUAUGGAAAGUAGGGGUCUGAAACCAGAUGUGUACACUUAUACUGUUAUAAUUAGUGGUUAUUCAAGUGGUGGUCAGAUGGAGGAGGCAUGCUACAUACUAUCAGAAGCUAAAAAGAAGCACGCUAAACUGAGUCCUGUAACUUACCAUGCACUUAUUCGAGGGUAUUGCAAACUAGACCAGUUUGACAAAGCUUUGGAGUUGUUGGCAGAGAUGGAGAAGUUUGGGGUUCAACCUAAUGCAGAUGAGUACAAUAAGCUGAUUCAAUCACUUUGCUUAAAGUCCUUAGAUUGGGGAACAGCAGAGAAGCUGUUUGCAGAAAUGAAGGAGAAAGGCUUGUAUCUAAAUUCAAUCACCCGGAGCCUUAUAACCGCAGUCAAGGAGCUGGAGCAGGAGGGGUUAGCAAAAGAAGUAAGCAUUGAAGUCUGAAUUUUUAGUGUUGUUCUCUUGUGUAACUUUCAAAUGUUCCAAGUCUUUACCUUGUAGUUAGUGUCUUGCCCUUUUCCAUAAAAUAACGAGUGAAACUCUACAGUUCAAUUUUGUUGGCAUGCAUUCGACCUCAUUUCAAUUCUAUGAAUCUGAAAAAAGUUCCAAUUUUUUUCA